CUAUAGGAAGGCUAUCUGUACAUAAUCGACAACCAGCCACGGGACGUUAGUGACAUGCAGUUCACGAAGUUGAGUGAGCACAUUCAUGUAUGGACAUAGAUAGUUCUGUAUGGGACAUUGUACACAAGCAAAUUUCAAUUUCAAUUAAUAUUCCUAUGCGUAUGUCAAGAUUUGGUUUAUCCUCUGUCCUGUUUAUGACCGAUUGACGUCGCUAUAUACAUAUAAGUGCAAUGAUCUUGAACGCGAAGUUAAAGUCACCAUGACCGAUUUGUAUAUACGCAGUAUCAUUGUAAGUGCUUUGCGUCAUAUAUCAACGGUAGAGAUAACCUUUACAUGAACCUUGUAUGGGACAUGUGAUAAAGUACAUGUCUGAUGCAAUAUGCUUUACAGAUGAGUAUUCCUUGGUGUUGCGUAAGGCAACAAACACACACUUCUGGUAUGAAAACUGUGUGAGUAACACGUGCUGCCGGUAAAGCAGGACAUGUUUACCCUUAUCGUGAUACCCGGUGUCAUCCCUGAUUUUCAGUGAUCGAUUCAUAUAACUUUCAUCACUAUUUUGCCUCUAACGGCCCAAUGGAAUCUGUUUCGGGAGAUACGCCAGACUAAGUAUCAUCUGCCAUGGAAGUUUUCAAUUUAUGAAAGUGCAGGUGACUUGCGGUACUUCCUUAAUUAAGGCGUACAAGCCAGUCCAUCUGCUGCUGUUGCUUUUACAGUGAGUUAAUCAAUUAAAGUUAAGCACAUUGGCGGCGGAGAGUAGUGGGUGAUUGGCAGCGAUCGGCAAACUUGACCCCUGGACUUUUGGCCCCUUUGAGCCCCAUCGAGGGCUUCUGUCUGUCCCAAACUGAAACACAGUAAAUGCUUGUAUCAAGAUGGACGUGACGAGAAGCCCACUGCCGGUACUGUUAUUCUUUAUACAUCAUUCGUCAACUGAUUCCAACUGUUUCUGGCCAUCAGACGACGGUCGUUGCGCUGACUGCAAGAGAGGCUGGCAUGGUGACAGUUGCAGCUACAAAUGUUCCGGCUUCUGCGACGUCGGCGGCUGUGACAAGGACACAGGGAGAUGUAAACAGUGUGGGGCUGGGUACCAUGCCACCACGUGUACAGAGACAUGUCCUCCCAACUGUAGAUACAGUCAUGGUGACAAGCCCUACUGUAACCGGAAGACGGGAAACUGUCUGGAAAACUGUCAAGACGGUUGGUGGGGAAAGAAGUGUGAAAACAAGUGCAGUGAUGGAUGUGAAAACAACUCAUGCUACGGCUGGGACGGCUCAUGUGCUAGAGGCUGCAGGAACGGUUGGGCCGGUGACAGUUGUGACACCAGGUGUCCAGGGGGAUGUCACGGUGAAACAUGUGAACAAUACGGGAGCCAUAAGUGUACCCGAGGUUGUAAACACGGUGUUCACGGACAUCACUGCAAUAAGCAGUGUAACAGACACUGUAGAGACCAGGACUGUUUCUAUGACCACAGUAUGAAGUCUACAGUCUGCAGACAGGGCUGUGUGGAUGGCUGGAUGUCACUCGACUGUAAGCUGAAGUGUCCUGGUAACUGUGAGGCAUGUUCUCAAGAGACUGGGGAAUGUUCCAGGUGCAAGCAAGGCUACUGGGGAACUGACUGCUCUAGAACAUGUAGUGCCAAGUGUUCCAGGAAGACAUGUGAUAGAGAUGGAAAAUGCAGGAGUUGCCAACUCGGUUACCAUGAAGACAACUGUGAGAACCGCUGUGGCACUGCUUGUGACGGAUGCCUUGAGACGCAUGAGCCAUGUCGAUGUAAAGAUAAAUGCGACGUCAAAUGUCUGCCCAUCACACAUGACUCUCAGGAGUGUCCAGAUGAGGACGACGUAAAUACAAGUGGAUCAUGCAGGCCUGGGGAUGAUGCACUGGUUGUGGUUACAGUAGUUGUUUUCAGUUUGAAUUUUAAACAGUAAACUAGAUACGCAACUAAUUAGGGUGAUUGUUUAGUCAGUUGCAAUAUCUAUUGCCUGCCAUGAAUGUAUUAGUGUUAUUACCCACUGUAAAUGUUUAUUUACAAAUGACCCCUUGCUUGCCAUGGGGUUUAAGAGGGACAGGAGAUAGAAAAGAGGUUAGUAAUUCUCAAAAACUCAAAAGUAUUUGCUUGGCUCAUUUGUAAGCUAAACAAAGAACCAAGUUAGAGUUUGUCAAAACAUUUAAUUUUCUCUCUGUACACAACUAGCCCACACGACAAACGUCAUUCUUCGAUCCAUGGGUCAUUGGUCACUAAACGAGGUGACCAUAGAUAUAGUUACAUCUGUAUCUUAAAAGGUGCCUGACAAGAUGUCAAAAAUGAAAUCAAAUGCCAUCUGAAGAUUAUUGAAGAAACAUGCUUGACUUCCUCAUAGAUAGCAUCUAUGUGGAACUUGGGGACAGGCAAUUAGGCAAGAUAUAGGCAUCCCCCUGCGCAACAGUUAUGCUCCUCCCACCCUUGCUCAUCUCUUUCUUUUGUUCGCAUGAGUUGGAAUCUCUGCUCGGGAGUACAAGUUUGAUCACGGUAACAGCAUUGAGGACCUGAGUAAAACUUCCAAACAUAACCAACAUAAUGUCCGAUGCAACUUCCUAUUUUGACUUAGACCAUUUCCCGUAUUUGUGUACAAUGUACUCUUCUUUGAGCAGAAAUUUCUUAUGAUUAUGGAAAAGUUCUUGUUGUUUUUAUUCUUGAAAAGAUAUUGUAAAGAUGAUGUAUUUGUUCUUAAGUUUCUUAUCAUUUAUUGAUCAAAUAAAUAGUAUUUCCAG